UCCAUUAUUUAAAGAGAGGACCGUGCGGCGCCUCGCUCUCUGCCGGCUCCAGCCCCGGGGCCAGUGCUGCUGCCCGACCGACUGGACUGUGAGAGCGCAGCGAGUCUGUCUCCACACACACACACACACACACACACACAGAGAGAGAGGCCAAAGGGAACACCGGUCACUCGGGGAGGAAACGGCCACGGCAGCUUCUCAUCGCCCUCAGUGAGCCGGCGGGCCCGAGGCCAGGCCGUUGCGUGCUCCGGUUCGCUGUCUGCCGUGCGUGUGAUCUUUUUUUUCUUGCCUCGGGAGUCGGUGCGUGGAUUUCCCCCCUCACCCCCUCUCACCCCCACCACCACCCCCUACCUGGGCGGCGGCGGCGGCAGAGGCGGAGGCCCGAGGCAUAUGUCGGAGGCGGUGCAGUCCUCCGGGAUGGAGGAAGCGGGGGCCGGGCAGAAGCCGGAGCAGGUCCCGGCUGCGGGAGCGGGAGGUGAAGACGCGGCGGUGGCGGCGAAGGCCGGGACCGGCGAGUCGGGAGCGAAUGGUGGCGCUGCAGCAGGAGGCGGCGGCGGCGGAGGAGGAGGAGGAGGAGGAGGCGGCGGCGGCCCUGCGGCGGAGGCCGCGCAGCUCGCCGAGGGCGCAGAGUCGUCGGUUUCGGUGAUAGAGACGGAAGGAGCCAAGAUCGACGCCAGUAAAACGGAGGAGGACGAGGGUGCCUUUGAUGUCAGAAAGAUUCCUCAAAGCGUUCUACGAAGCUGGGUGGGACCUGUGUGGCAGGGAAAAUUUGAUCAAAAGUCUGGUCAGAGAAAAAUGUUUGUGGGUGGCCUCAGCUGGGAUACCACAAAGAAAGAUCUGAAGGACUAUUUCUCUAAAUAUGGAGAGGUAGUAGAUUGCACAUUAAAGUUGGAUCCCAUUACAGGGCGCUCAAGAGGAUUUGGAUUCGUCCUGUUUAAAGAGGCUGAAAGUGUUGAUAAGGUAAUGGAAAUGAAGGAACAUAAGUUAAAUGGCAAGGUAAUUGAUCCUAAAAGAGCAAAGGCAAUGAAAAGGGAGCCAAUAAAGAAGAUAUUUGUGGGAGGCCUUUCACCAGAUACGGCUGAGGAGAAGAUCAGGGAAUACUUUGGAGCUUUUGGAGAAGUUGAAUCAAUAGAACUUCCUAUGGAUAACAAGACAAAUAAAAGGCGAGGAUUCUGUUUCAUAACCUUCAAAGAGGAGGAGCCGGUGAAAAAGAUUCUGGAAAAGAAGUUCCAUAAUGUUGGACUCAGCAAAUGUGAGAUCAAGGUGGCAAUGUCAAAGGAGGUCUAUCAGCAGCAGCAGUGGGGGGGAAGCAGAGGUGGCUACACUGGCCGGGGUCGUGGAAGAGGAGGAGCUGGAGGCAGUGCAGGAGCCCCAAGCCAGAACUGGAACCAAGGAUACAAUAACUACUGGAAUCAAGGCUAUGGGAGCUAUAACUAUGGUUAUAACAGCCAGGGGUAUGGAGGUUAUGGUGGCUAUGAUUACCCAGCUUAUAAUAACUACUAUGGAUAUGGUGAUUAUGGCAGUGAAGGAACAGUAUUUUACUCCAGAUAGAAGAUUCAUAGGAAGUGGUGUUUAGGCCUCUUAAAAAGCAGCAUUUAUUUGUUACAACUUUUAUGUUCUGUAUCAUUUUUUUCCCAAGAACUGCUGCCUCAAAUCCCAUCUCCAAAAAUUAAGUUCAGUUCGGAUUUAAGAAAUAUUGCUUUUAUUAUUUUAUUCCCCAGUAGAUGUGUUUUUCUAUGUGACCAACUGCUUUUCUUUUUUUGUACAUUUCCCCCCAUAUGAAUUGUUGCAUUGGAUGCAUAUAUGUUCAGUUCAUUGUGAUGACAUUUAGAUAUGGUACAUGUACCUAUUGGAUUGUUCAAGUUUUUUAAUAAAACUUUUGUAUAAUUAAAA